AUGGCGUCCCUCAUCCGUGGCCUUGGCCCGCACUUGCAACAGAUGAAAGACGACGCCGAUGAGCUAUUUGCGGCACAUCCCAUGGAGGACAAGUUUGCGCCUUCGUUCGCGCCGAGCGAUGGACCUCUCGUGGCGACUCGUAUCACGAAAGGCAUAAGCUACUACUUCACAGCCAACGUGUUUAUCAAACGGCAGCCACACGCAGAUGAAAUGGGCCUCGAUAUAUACGGCAACCACGUGGUGAUUCCUUACAUCGCCGAUCGUCUUCGGAACGAAGCGGCUGCUCUGCAGUUUAUCGCCAAGCAUACUUCGAUUCCCGUGCCCAAGGUGGUAUGCCUGUGGGAAGAGAACGGACUCGUGCAUCUCAAGACGAGUAUGGUCCUCGAUGGUAUCGAACUACGAAAUGUCGGCGAGUCGCUUCUGCCUACUGCCAUCGAACGAGUGACAGCCCAGCUCGAGACGGACAUCACCCCGCAGCUACAGCAGCUGCGCCGCAACUCGAUCGGCAGUGCCAGUCCAACGCUGCCGGUCAUCGUGCCACACCUGCUGUGGAAGUGGAAAGACAAGCGGGUCUGGCCGCAAGUGACGGCCGAGACGGACGAGUUCGUUUUUGUGCACACGGACUUGGACCGCCAGAACAUUCUCGUGGACCCCGCUACGUUUCGGAUCGUGUGCAUCCUGGACUGGGAGACCGCUGGCUUCUUCCCGCGCGAUUGGGAACUGCCGAAAUGGAAGGUGGAGGCACGCACGCCGGAGAAACUUCACAUGGAGACUGAAGCGAAGAAGCGCCAUCUUGCAUUGUUUGGCGCUGAUUUUGCAGACGAUGAGCAGUAA